GUCAACAAGACACAGCACUAGUAGUGGCGCUAGAUAACUAUAAACGAUUCGGUAAAGGUCGAUUUAAAAUGCUUCCAGGUCACAACAAGCCGUUGUAUUAGAACGGAUUUUUAAGAAAGAUGGUUUACAUUUAAACAGUUAACUGAUUCGACAGCGCGAUUUAAUUACGAACCCAAACAACAUUUAGAAAGUCCGUUAACUACAGAUGCUAAAUUAGUGGUGACAUUUCACUUGUGAAAAGCCGGAAACCUUUUUCUGCUGUUAUCAUAGCUUGGAAUCAGGCACGUGGUUCAGGAAAAUGUCAGUGCCUUUUUCCAACACUCACCUGAGGGUACCUCGGGGAUUUGGGGCCCUCUUAGAGGGACUGACCCGGGAGAUUCUGCGGGACCAGCCGGACAACAUCCCUGCAUAUGCAGCGCAGUAUUUUGACAAACUUCUGAAAGAAAGAGAAGAAAGUGGGAUGGACCCUUCUGAGUGGGCUGCCAGACUGGAAGACAGGUUCUACAAUAACCAUGCUUUCAAGAGUACUGAGACUGUUGGUCUUGAAAAGGAAACAGCAACAGAGGAGGCCCACGUUUCCAAGAGAAAACCAAGCGAAUUCGAAACUGAAGAAGAGCCAAGUCACUCAGUUGAAGAUGCAGCUCUUUCCACCGAACAUCUUCCAAUUUCAGAUAUAACUGAUUCGGCUGAAGGCUCACAGGAUGAAGAAACUGAACUACAAGAUACAGAACAGACAUCUGAAGCAGAUGAACAGAGCGGGAUAGACAAAGAUUAUGAGCUUACCGAAGCUGAACCUAGUCAAAUUAUCGGACUAGAUAGUGAAGUAGAUGAUGACCUACUACACCUGAGCUUGAUUCAGGUGGACCAAGCCGAUGAAACUUCAGAUGUAAGCGAGGGGGAAAGUCCUUCCCAAAGGUGGGAGGAUCAGGAAUAUAAGGAUGAAGAUCAACCAGUUGGUGCAUUUGGAGAGCAGGAAACUGUUGGCUCAGAAGAAGAGCAUACUGUAGAAUCAGAAUCACUUCAGAGCGUUCUACAUUUGACUCUUCUUGUGGACGCCUCUGCUUCAAAGCCUGGUGAAACAAAAACAUCAAUUUGUCAAGACGACACAUAUUCUGCUGAAGAGACAGAAACUAUAACAACCCAGCUUGAGGAAUUACCUGGAAAUCAGUAUGAAAUUCAUCCUGACACCCAACAAGAAGCAAAGGAUGAAGCUCAAAGUGAGAAGGAAAUAACAGACACUGAAAGUGAGAGGGAAAUAACUGAGACUCAAGGUGAGAGUGAAGUAACUGAAACUCUGAAAGAGAAGGAAAUAACAGAGACUAAAGGUGAAGGGGAAAUAACGGAGACUCAAGGUGAGAGGGAAAUAACUGAGACUCAAGGUGAGAGGGAAAUAACUGAGACUCAAGGUGAGAGGGAUAAAACUGAGACUCAAGGUGAGAGGGAAAUAACGGAGACUCAAGGUGAGAGGGAAGUAACUGAAACUCUGAAAGAGAAGGAAAUAACGGAGACUCAAGGUGAGGGGAAAAUAACUGAGACUCCAGGUGAGAGGGAUAAAACUGAGACUCAAGGUGAGAGGGAUAAAACUGAAACUCUGAAAGAGAAGGAAAUAACAGAGACUAAAGGUGAAGGGGAAAUAACGGAGACUCAAGUUUCUCCUGAGAAAAGCAGUGUAAGUCCAACAGUCUCUGAGAAGUCCUUCAAGCAGGUGACAUUUAAAGAAGAAGAUGAAAUUUUUACUCCUGAAGUGGAUAAUGAAUAUGAGGAGACUCCUUCUGAUAAUUCUGAUGGGACACCUGCUGAUGCUGAGGAAGAGGAAGGACCUGCUGGGAUUUAGGAGGAGAGCACAGCAGGCGCAAACAACAGCGACAAGGCCUGAAGAUUCUGGAAUGCCCCACACCUCGACCUCAUUCAAAGUUCAUGGGCUUUGAGCCAGGAAAAGAAAUAUUUUAAAUGAACUCCGCCAUUUUGGGUCAGAAGAUGGAUCAACUAACCUUGCAGAAUAUGCCGGGAGGUUGCUAAUGACUACAUAAGUGCUGUUUGUUGUUGUAGUUGUUGUUGUUGUUUUACCUUUUCUCCAAUAUUAUAUAUUUAAUCCUGUAUAUACUGUGUAUCCAUUUAAUCCUGCAUGUGUAUCCACAUAUGUUUAAUCCUGUAUAUACUGUGUAUCCAUUUAAUCCUGUAUGUGUAUCCACAUAUGUUUAAUCCUGUAUAUACUGUGUAUCCACUCUCAAAUAGAGAAUCGUUUAAAUAAAUCAUUAAAAGCUCAA